AUGAAAGAAAUAAUAAAAAUAUUUUUUUUUCUGACAUUUUUUUUUGUUAUAACAAAAAGAUAUUUAUGUGAAAAGAAAAAGCUAGAAAUUGUUAAUUAUAAUAAAAAAUCCAUUGAAGGUAUAAUAAAAAACAAAAUAAAAAAAUAUCAUGAAAAAAAAUUAUUAUUAAUAACAGAUAUAAUUAACAUUACAGAAACUCAUAAGAAUUUUUUAAAUUUAUUAAAUAAUGAGAAAAAUCAUAUAAAAAAUAUUAUAAUUAUUAGAAAUACUACUGAUAACAUAAUUUUCAAUAGAAUAGAUUCUUCUAUAUACGAUGGAUUGAUAAUCAUAUUAGAUAUUUUAAAUGAUGACGUUGUUGCACAAUUAAAAAUUAAUUAUGUAAAAUUAUUUAUAGAAAAAAAAAAGCACAUUUUUUUUAGUUUAAAUAGCGUUGUAGGAAAAAAUUCUAUUCACUUUUUAAAUGAAUUAAACAUAAAUGUUUAUGGGAAUUAUUCGUAUGUUAAUGACGUUUUUGAUAAUAUUUUUUUAAAAGAAAACACAAAUAAUGAAAAAUUACAAAAGUCUUUUUAUACAAAUGAAAUAAUACAAAACACUCCAAUAGUAUAUAAUAAAUACAAAAUUUUAUUUAAAGGAACAGCUCACUCAGUUUCAUUGAAAAACAAAUAUUAUCUGGAAGUUUUAACUUGCACAAAAACAUGUUUAUUGUAUGGAAAAGACAACAGCAUUAUAAAAGAAAAAAAGCAAGGAGUUGAACUAUUAUUAAUAUCUUCUAUUCAACUAGAAAAUAACUUUCGCUUAAUUUUUUCUUCCUCAUCUGAAAUAUUUUCAGAUUUUUAUUUUGAUUUAAAUAAAGAAAAUAAAAAUUUUACAUAUGAUCUAAUUCAGUGGAAUUUUAAAAAAAGUGGUAUAAUUCGUUAUAAUAAUUUUAAAUUAUAUAAAAGAACAUUUAAAGAAAAUUCUACUUUUUUCAUAAAUGAUUACAUUCAUAUGUCUAUAGAUUUUUACGAAUUAAAAAAAAAUUAUUGGGCUCCUUUUAAAAGAAAUGACAUUCAAUAUCAGCUAAUUAAAAUCAAUGUAAAAGCUAGAAAUUUUUUAGAUAGCUAUAGAGAUAUACAAAAUCCUACAUAUUUUAAAAACUUUAAGUUACCUAGUGAACAUGGUAUUUAUAAAUUACAAAUAUACUACUUAAGAAAGGGAUAUAACAUUUUAAACUUAGAAUACUUUUUGCCUGUAAGAAAUUUAUUACAUUAUGAUAAAAAUAAAAAGGUAAAUUUUAAAAAUUACCCGUUUUAUUUUUAUAUAUAUUUGUCAUUGGUUUGCUUAUUUUUAUUCACAUUGAUACUGUUAUUUGACAAUUCUGAACACAAUAAAGAAAAAAAAAAAAAAAAUUAA